UGAACUUCACCACCACCACCACCACAAAACGAUCAUCAUACUGAUCCUCAGCGUGCAACUCUCACUUAGGCGGUGCCUAAGUAUGAAGUCACUGUAUGGUGCUCGCGCUCACUUCACAAUCACGUCUUCUGCGACCAUAAAUUUUGUCGGACAGUCACGACGCUACAGACACCUAUCUCAUCCUUACUACGCCUAAUAUCUUUUGCCAAUUCUUUCUCUCUGGAUAGUCUCUUAGGCUUCUCUUCAUAACACCAAGUUAUCAAGAUCAUCUAGUAACGACGGGAACCUUAGUUGUUGAUCCACGCCGUGAUCAUCCAUUCAGACGAGCGAUCCGUACACUGCUUUGAUCGUUACAGAAUAUGUUAUAAUAUUGAAAUAUCCGCAGAUAGAGCUGCACAAUCUUCCCGUUUCCAGCACUUCAUCCAAGUAAUGCACCUUUUUUGUUUCUGCUCUUCUCUCGCGUGUAUACUUCUUCUGCUCGAGCGUACUGUCCAAGGUCGUCUUGUGAACGCUACAAUCGACGACCAAAAUCCCAUGCUGCUUUACUCUCCUGAAGAUGGCUGGCGUAAUAGCAAUGUCCCGUGCCCAAGCUGUACCGCACGCCCCGAUCCUUCGAUGGCAAUAAACGGGUCAUGGCAUGAUUCUACGUUCGACCAAAAUGCAAAGAACAGCCCUAAUAAAGUGCGCAACGUAUCCACAAUAUUUAACGGUACGGCCAUCCAUGUAACAUGCAUACUCGCCAAAACCACCACUUCACCCUUCGGGAACUCAGACAUGAGUUUCUAUAUCGAUGACAUCCUCGUUGGGCAGUUCAAAAAGACCGCCCCUGGGGAGUCAGGUUUUGAGUACAAUGUUACCGUCUAUUCCAACUCUUCCAUACCAUCUGGUCAGCAUAAAUUCACAAUUCAGAAUGGCCAUGUCGGCGGGAUAAAAUCACUACUUCUGCUCGAUGCCCUCGUCUAUUCCUAUGACGACGGUCAAUCUGAUUCCGACGACGUGGUUGCGACAAAAGAUAUGACCACUACAUACAUAGGCACCACUAUUGGAUGUGCUAUUGCAGGAGUCAUCACUGGGAUUCUAGGAACAAUAGCUUUUCUGCUCUAUCGACGUAGAAGACGCAGUCGCCAGCUGAAUGAACACAUCAACAUUGAAGGUCGUAUUAAUCGAGGACUGAGGACACCGAUAUCAACGAUAAGCCCAUUUAGGACGACGCAAUCCUUUUCUGAUUAUCACCACCCACCGCCGACCACUGCUUCCGUAUCUUCUUUCACGGCAGCUAGCAAUCCCAGCUUGCGAAACGCUGAUAAACGAGCAAUCCCUGACACACAUAGGCGAGUUAGGUGUGAGAAUACAACUCCUCGUGAUUACCGCAACGCCGAAGAAGGCUUGCCCUCCGUUGAUGAAGAAGCUUCAGAUAUCUGGUCCUGUCGUGGGACUCGAGCAGAGGACCCGGAGGAAACCAUUCAUCACGAGCGGAUCAAGAGAUGACCUUGAGAUCCUUCAGUUUCAAUGCCUUCAAGGCGCAUUCGUCGGGGGCUUCUGUCGUAUGAUUGAGAAGCAUCGAUUUCGUUACCAUCUGCAUAGCCUAUUUCUGUUAGUUCUGCUUGUACAUAUGUUACAUUUAAUUAUAUCCACAUCUGUCUGCAUCCACGGAAUCAUUCUGGAGUGUGUAUGUUACAGCGUAAUUUGAGCGUGGUCAUGCAUCCAAAGUUCAAAUCGUCUUGGCACUUCC